AUGGACGAACAUCCCGGAGCCGGCGGGGGGAUCAUGGCGGGGGCCGCCCCGAGACCUCAACAGCAGCCGCUGCCGCCCGCCGGAGGAAGCGCCAACUCGCACUUGCUAGGCCAGAGCUGUGUGGGGCCGGGCGGGGGUCCACCGCUGCAGCAGCAGCAGGCGCCGCCGCCUCAAGGCCCGGCUGCGGCUCAGGAAGCCGUGGGCCCCGCCGGAGGCGGCGGCAGCUCGGAGCUGUCUCGGCCACAACACUACACCAUCCCGGGGAUCCUGCACUACAUCCAGCACGAGUGGGCCCGCUUCGAGAUGGAGCGCGCGCACUGGGAGGUGGAAAGGGCCGAGCUCCAGGCUCGAAUAGCAUUUUUACAAGGUGAAAGGAAAGGUCAAGAAAACUUGAAGAAAGAUCUAGUAAGAAGAAUAAAAAUGUUAGAAUAUGCAUUAAAACAAGAAAGGGCAAAAUAUCAUAAACUAAAAUAUGGCACAGAACUGAACCAAGGUGACUUGAAAAUGCCAACUUUUGAAUCAGAAGAAACCAAAGAUACAGAGGUUCCUACAGUACCUCAUAAUAGUCAGCUAACUUGGAAGCAAGGCAGGCAGUUAUUAAGACAGUAUCUUCAAGAAGUAGGUUACACAGAUACAAUAUUGGAUGUACGGUCACAGAGGGUAAGGUCUCUCCUUGGGCUUUCCAGUUCAGAACCAAAUGGCUCAGUGGAGACAAAAAAUCUGGAACAGAUUCUUAAUGGAGGCGAAUCUCCUGCAUCAAAACAAAAGGGACAGGACAUUAAAAGGAACCCUGGUGAUGUUCUUGAAACAUUUAAUUUCUUGGAAAAUGCAGAUGAUAGUGAUGAAGAAGAAGAAAGUGACAUGAUAGAAGAUAUUGCAGAAGGAAAAGGAAAACAUCGGAUAAAUAAAAAACACAAAAUUGGAAAUGAAGGGCUUGCUGCUGACCUUACAGAUGACCCUGAUACAGAAGAAGCCUUGAAAGAAUUUGAUUUCUUAGUAACAGCAGAAGAUGGAGAAGGAGCUGGAGAAGCACGCAGUUCAGGGGAUGGGACAGAGUGGGACAAAGAUGACCUGUCCCCAACUGCUGAGGUUUGGGAUGUAGACCAGGGACUAAUAAGUAAACUGAAGGAACAGUACAAGAAGGAACGAAAGGGGAAGAAAGGGGUAAAGAGGGUCAACAGGACAAAACUGCACGACAUGAUAGCUGAUCUGGGCGAUGAUGAGCUACCCCACAUCCCUUCGGGAGUCAUUAAUCAAUCUAGGUCACCCUCUUCUAGAAUGACUGAUCAUGAAGGUGCAAGAGCAGAGGAAGCGGAGCCAAUAACGUUUCCAUCUGGAGGAGGAAAGUCAUUUAUCAUGGGUUCAGAUGAUGUAUUGUUAAGUGUACUGGGCCUUGGGGAACUUGCAGAUUUGACAGUAGCUAAUGAUGCAGACUACAGUUAUGAUCUGCCAGCCAACAAAGAUGCCUUUAGGAAAACAUGGAAUCCCAAGUAUACGCUACGCAGCCAUUUUGAUGGAGUGCGAGCAUUAGCUUUUCAUCCUGUAGAGCCUGUGCUGGUUACAGCCUCUGAGGACCACACGCUAAAACUUUGGAACUUACAAAAAACAGUUCCUGCCAAAAAGAGUGCCUCUUUAGAUGUGGAACCUAUCUAUACAUUUAGAGCCCACAUUGGACCUGUAUUGUCAUUGGCAAUUAGUUCUAAUGGAGAGCAGUGUUUUAGUGGUGGUAUUGAUGCAACUAUACAAUGGUGGAACAUGCCUAGCCCAAAUGUGGAUCCUUAUGAUACAUAUGAGCCAAACGUUCUAGCUGGCACAUUAAUUGCUCACACAGAUGCCAUCUGGGGUCUUGCUUACAGUGGUAUAAAGAAUCACUUAUUAUCUUGCUCAGCAGAUGGCACUGUUAGAUUAUGGAACCCACCAGAAAAAGUGCCCUGCAUUUGCACUUACAAUGGAAAUAGGGAGUAUGGAAUACCCACAUCAGUUGACUUUAUAGGUUGUGAUCCUGCUCAUAUGGUGACAUCGUUUAGCUCUGGUAACACGGUCAUCUAUGAUUUAGAAACAUCCCAGGCACUGGUAAUGCUUUCAUCACAGACAGAUUCUGGUUUACAGUCAAACAAUCACAUUAACAGGGUAGUAAGUCAUCCAACGCUUCCUGUAACAAUAACGGCUCAUGAAGAUAGACACAUCAAGUUUUUUGACAAUAAAACGGGUAAAAUGAUCCAUUCUAUGGUUGCUCACUUGGAUGCUGUCACAAGUUUAGCUGUGGAUCCUAAUGGAAUCUACUUGAUGUCUGGAAGCCAUGACUGUUCUAUUAGAUUAUGGAAUUUGGAUAGCAAAACUUGUGUGCAAGAAAUAACAGCCCAUAGGAAGAAGUUGGAUGAAUCCAUUUAUGAUGUAGCUUUUCAUCCAUCGAAAGCAUAUAUUGCCAGUGCAGGAGCCGAUGCCCUUGCCAAAGUAUUUGUGUGACACAACAAAGCAAACCUGCAUCCUAUAUAGCAGGUUUGCCUGGACAAAAAGAGGGAAUGCGUCACUGCCAUGACUGAAGAGGUUGCUGAUGAGACACUACAUGCGACCUGCCUCAGCAGGGACUGUGCAUUUGGGGCAGGUAUAAAUUGUUGGAAUCACGAUUUCGUGAAUAAUGCUGGGGCUGAUUCAUUUAACUGUAAUUACUGUAUUUUGGGGGGGAAAGCAAACCAGUAUUUGUAGCCUUGACUGGAUAUGAACUGAGCAUUUGUCCGUUCUCUAGGUGUGUCUUUAAACGAACGUGGAGUCGAAUCUUAUUGAAGACUUUUACUUUGGACUCUGUGUGCUGCCUUAGGGUUAGGAAUGUGGUGCUCUUGUGGGGGGAAGUGAACUCCAAGAGUAGCUUUCUUUGCAUCUCUUAGUAUCUUCCGUUUAUCAUUAAAAUACCACAGAUUCCCGUUUUAAACUUUUAUUUUGCUUCAAAAAAAGGAAUUAACUUAAAAUAUUUAGCAUUAGUUGCACAAAAUAUUUGGAUAAAAUUCUAGUUUUUAUAUGUCUUUUAUAUAUUUAGCCUGUCACAACAGUGCUCAAGAUUGUAUGGAUGAUGUUUUUUCAGCAUUAUAGUACCCUAAACCACAGAGAUCUUGCUGGCCUGCUGCCCUGUAACCACACGGUUCCCUUUGUUGCCUAAUAAAGCUCAGCUAAGUCCUUUCAUGAGGAUACUAAUUCAUCAUCACUGCAUUACUAGCUUCCUAAAGGACUGUAAAGAAGUGUAACUGAAACACAAAGGAACUAAAGUUACCCCCCACCCUCCCAAUGAACUUUAAAAAUUAAUCUUGGCAUCCUAUCACUAUGUGAUAUUUUGUACAUCUUACUGUAUUUACGAGAUUAUUUAUCAAGGAUUACCCAUCUGGCUAAUGGCCUAUUAUUUAUUUCACUUUUUGUUGGUCUUUAUAUCCUUUUUAUGUAGCUUGUUAAGGGGCCCUGUAUAUCUAUUAUGGCACUCUUUGAACAGUCUAAAAUAGACUUAAAAUGGGACAUGUAAUAGUUUUUAAAGUUACAGACAGACUUUUUUCCAGUUAAGUGUCUGGAGUAAAGUUGAUUCCAGAAAAUCGUUUCAGACCUUUGGGUGAAAAUGUUUUUAUUUGCGGUUCUAAUAGAAUGCAAAAGUAGUUGAAUCAGGAGUCAGAAAUUGGCUGUGUUUGAAAUAGUUACUCCCUUCUUAGAUUUAUUUUUUUCAGAUGUGCUUCAAUUUAUGGUGUAACUAAAAGAUUUUGUUUGUGUAACUGCAUGAUUAAGACAAAGUAUUUUUUCUAGUCUUCCACAAAAAUCUUUCUGAUCAGUUUGCAAGUUUUGAUGAGUUUUGUAAGUUUUCUGUUUUACAAACUAUGAAUCAGCAAAUUUUUAAGAUUGUAAAACAUAGCAAAAAUACAGCUGUUUAAAAAAUAAUGUAUAUAAAAUGCAUAUAAUAAAUACUAAAUGGUGUACCUGUAUAUUACUGUUCGCUAUAUUUUGUGUUGCAAAGUUUUAAGUGUCAUUUUAUUCUAUGAGUAACUAAAUAAGGAAAUGAAGGUUUAAAUUCUAGCAAAAUUAUUUUACAUGUUCUAAAUAAAUUGCAUUGCUUUUUUAACAUGUAAUAUUUGUCAACAGUUUCUGACAGCACUACUCCCUAUAAACAUUUAUUUUACCAAUAUGUAUUCUAAAAAUAGAAAACACAAUGGUGUGAUAGCUAAUUUUUUUUUAAAGGAAAUAUGGUCUAAUGAUCUCAGCAUGGGAGUUGAAUUUGACACUUUAAGAUUGUAUGGCCUUAAAGAUCUUAUUUUUGUGUUUCACGAACUACAUAUAUUGAGGACUCUAUUCCUUUACAUUAAGGCAGCAUAACAAAAAUUCACACCUUACAUGAAAGGUUUGCCAGUCUGAUAGGCUCAAUUCUUAAGAGAUGAUGCCUGGUAUCAAGAGUAGCACUGCAUAGGUGCAGCAGUCUGAAUUCCAGACUACUGCUGUUCUGUCAUGCGAGCAGGGAAAGGGACAACUUUUACCAAUCUCCCAUUCCUUCUGAAGCUCGCCGUGUGUCAUGAAAAUAUGUCCCUGAGGGUUGUGCAGAAAUCAACCCUUCCGCUUGUGUAACACCACAGCAAUAGUGUAGAAUUCAGCACUGCUCCACCUACGUGGUCCUAAUCUGCAAUCUUUAUGAAAGUAAAAUUACAUUUGGUUUGAUGCAACAGUUGAUAGAACUUAUUUUUCAAUUAUUUCCUGUUGCAGCAGGUUUUAUUCUACAAGUCAUUUCUACAAAAAAAAACACAACACCCCAUUUUUUUUCCUUUUUUGAAGGAUUAUCAGCAGAAUGCUACUAAAAAGGGGUGCUGGAGUAUAUUUUGAAACUGGCACAAUAAAUGAACAUGUUAUAGAGACUUGGAAUUUGUUCUUAUGAAUGGUGGCAACUGUGUUAAAUCUAGAUUAGCAAGGAGAAUGUAUCUUUUGGAUCAAACAAAAAGAAAGAAAACAAAUAAAACUUUUUGUUUUGAAGAAAACAAAAAGGUAGUUAUGUACCCUUGACAGAGUAAUGUAAUCGUAUAUUGCAUAUAACUGGUUUUUUUUAAAGAAGUGACAUCAUUGUUUGCAAUGUGAUGCAUUUUAAGUUUAUAUUGUAAAUAAAGGGGAAAUGCCGCCAUUGACCACUGAGAUCAAGGUGAGCUUUUCAAUAACUGG